AUGCAGAAAUCACUGCUGAUCCUUUUGACUAGCCAUGUGCUAGUCAAUGCUGCACCUCCGGAGCAUUACGAUGUUCUUCAAUACAUCAAUCCCUUGAUUGGCAGCGCGAACGGAGGAAAUGUCUUCCCUGGUGCAUCAUUGCCAUAUGGCAUGGCCAAGGCCGUGGCCGACACAGAUUCAGACAGUAACCAAGGAGGCUUCACCUCUGAAGGCGGCAACAUCACCGGUUUCUCCAGCAUGCACGACUCUGGCACUGGAGGCAGCCCCUCGCUGGGUAAUUUCCCUCUUUUUCCCUACGCGAAAUGCGCCGGGGACGAUGUGAAUGGCUGCGUCUAUCCGAAAAACCAGCGGAAGACAAAGUACAAGCCCGAGUCGGUCCAGGCACACCCGGGGUACUUUGCCAUCGAGCUGGCGUCUGGAGUCCGUGUUGAUAUGACCACUGCGCACCAUACGUCUCUGUUCCGCUUUCAGUUCCCCAAGGAUAGCAGCCCGUUGGUUUUACUGGAUCUCACCGAUUUGUCCAACUCCCGACAGGACAAUGCUACAAUCUCGGUGGAUGAGAAGACGGGUCGUAUGUCUGGUGAUGCACGGUUCGCUCCCAGCUUUGGAUCUGGGACUUAUAACUUGCAUUUUUGUGUUGACUUCAAGAGUCCCGCACCUAAACGGGACAGUGGGAUCUUUGUCAAUUCCCGUGCCAGUACUGAUGUCCACGAUUUGAAGAUCUCGCGGAGUAUCAAUGGCUAUCCGCUUCCAGGCGGCGGGUUUGUUCGCUUCAAGUCUGCGCCUGACAAUACGGUCCUGGCCCGAGUUGGUGUCAGCUUUAUGGGCACCAAGCAGGCUUGUGCUCAUGCUGAAGCCGAGAUUCCGAAUUUCGACUUCGCUGCGACCCAUCAAACAGCUGUCGAUCAAUGGACCGAGAAGAUGCGUCCAAUUAGAGUAUCUCGAGCGAACAUCAGUGAAUCUGUACUUUCCAACUUUUACAGUGGGAUCUACAGAACUAUGAUCAACCCCCAGAAUUACACUGGCGAGAAUCCACUCUGGCAAAGCAGCGAGCCUUACUUUGAUUCCUUCUAUUGCCUUUGGGAUUCUUUCCGCUCCCAGAUUCCAUUCCUCACGAUCUUUGAUCCGAGGUCCGUGACACAGAUGGUCCGAUCACUCAUUGAUACACAGCGUCAUCUAGGCUGGCUUCCAGACUGCCGCAUGUCUCUCUGUAAAGGGUUCACACAGGGUGGCUCAAACGCCGAUAACGUCCUGGCAGAUGUUUACCUCAAAGGUCUUGAAGGUGGCAUCGACUGGGAUGCUGGAUAUGCAGCCGUUCAGAAAGAUGCCGAAGAGGAACCAUAUGACUGGUCUAACGAAGGCCGUGGUGGUCUACGCAGCUGGAAGAAUCUUCACUACAUUCCCGUCGAAGAUUUCGACUAUGAUGGAUUUGGCACCAUGACCCGCAGCAUCUCACGCACGCUCGAAUAUUCAUACAACGACUUUGUCAUUUCCCAGAUGGCCCGCGCCAUGAACAAGACAGCAGAUGCAGAACGGUAUGAGAAACGAUCACGGAAUUGGCGAAAUCUCUUCAAGAAAGAUCAGACCUCAUUCUGGAGAGGCACAGACACGGGCUUCACCGGCUUCUUCCAGCCAAAAUACUUAAACAAAACAUGGGGAUACCAGGACCCGCUCACAUGCUCGAAUAUCGACAACACCGGCCACGCAUGCUCACUUCAAAACACCGCCGGCGAGACCUUUGAAUCCAGCAUCUGGGAGUACCAAUUUUUCGUCCCCCACGACAUGUCAACCCUAAUAAAGCUCCUAGGCGGACCGAACAACUUCGUCCGCCGCCUCGACUUCCUCCACGACAACAACAUAACCUACAUUGGCAACGAGCCCGCCUUCCUAACGGUCUUCCAAUACCACUACGCCGGCCGCCCAGGCAAAUCCUCAUCCCGCGUCCGCACCUACAUCCCCGACUACUUCUCGCCCACACCAGCAGGACUCCCAGGUAACGAUGACAGCGGCGCAAUGGGCUCUUUCGUCGCAAUGGCAAUGAUGGGUUUAUUUCCCAACCCGGGACAGGACGUGUACCUGCUCACCGUGCCGUUCUUCGAGACCGUAAGCAUUGUCUCCCCGCUGACGGGGAAAACGGCAACCCUGCGCGUCGUCAACUGGUCCGAGUACAAUGCUGCGAAUGUGAGCGGUGCUGCGGCUGGGGGGAACGGGUUCAUUCAAUCUGCUACGUUGGAUGGGAAGCCGUACACGCGCAAUUGGGUCGGGCAUGACUUCUUCAAGGAGGGGCGGGAGUUGGUUCUUGUUCUUGGGAAGGAGGAGGGUAGUUGGGGCACUAGGCCUGAGGACUUGCCGCCUUCUCUUGCUCCAGAGUCUGCGUUGCAUGCUGAUGUUGAUUCUGUUGCUGUUCGUGAGCGUAGGUGGGAUAGUGUCCUUGAGGACGGGCAGUUUGAAGGCCUUGUUCACAAGCGUGCUCUGCAUCUUGGUCGUCAUAUCCAUGGGGCUGGGGAUAGCCACUCCGGUAAGGGCUAA